AUGUUCCGCAACACAUACGACUCGGACAACACCGUCUUCUCGCCGCAGGGACGGCUGCACCAGGUCGAGUAUGCCCUCGAGGCCGUCAAGCAGGGUUCGGCCGUGGUGGGGCUGCGGUCCAAGACGCACGCCAUCCUGGUGGCGCUCAAGCGCGCGCCGUCGGAGCUGGCGGCGUACCAGAAAAAGAUGCUGCGCAUCGACAACCACAUGGGCAUCGGCUUCGCCGGCCUCACGUCCGACGCGCGCGUCCUGAGCAACUACAUGCGCCAGCUGGCGCUCUCGUCGCGCCUCCUCUACUCGCGCCCGCUGCCCAUCUCGCGCGUCGCCGCCACCCUGUCGGACCGCGCGCAGCUCAACACGAUGGAGUACGGACGCAGGCCCUACGGCGUCGGGUUCCUCAUCAUCGGCGUCGACAACACCGGACCGCACCUCUACGAGUUUAGCGCCACGGGCAACUGCUUCGAGUACUACGCCAUGAGCCUCGGCGCCCGCAGCCAGAGCGCAAAGACCUACCUCGAGCGCAACUACGAGCAGUUCGAAGACGCCGACCUCGACAAGCUCGUCCUUCACGGCCUCUAUGCCCUUCGCGACACGCUGCAGCAGAACAAGGACCUCGAGAUCGACCAGGUCUCGCUCGCCCUCGUCGGUCCGGGCGCCGAUGCCGACGCCAACACGCCGGAAGCGCGCCGCGGCGAAAAGUUCCGCAUCGUCGAGGGAGAAGACCUGCGCAGGUGGAUGAACAUGAUGGAGCCCAAGACGGUGCCCGCAUCCACAUCAGCAUCUGGCGCCGCACCUGGUUCCGGAACGGCGCAGCCAGGCGGAGAGGCGACCGUCGGCGAUGUCCAGCCCAUGGAGGAGUAG